CAUGUCAAUAACUAUGUACACAAGUUUUAGAAUAACAGUUUUUUUGAUGAAACUGAGUGUUUUCGUUUAAGUGAUUUAAUCAUUUAUACGUGGAAUAGCCAAUGUAUUAUUAAAGUACCAAGACCGUCACGGCGACAAUUAACGUCAAAUAUUUCAAGAAAUUUAGCCGGCCACGGACAUAUUGGUUUGUAUGUACAUAGUGAGUGUGACAGACAGAUGGCAUACACUGUGCCCGAAACUCACCAGCCAUGUAAAGGAGAUAGAAAAGAGCUUCCAAAUGGUCUGAGGGAACUAUCAACUUUAUCUGAAGUUUUAGUCAGUAGGAAUGUCAAUGUAUGUGAAGUGUUUUUGUGUUGUACACCUCGACAAGCUUCAUUUAGUAUAUACACAACUGAUACUGACUCUCAGGAUGAAAUACUUAGCAUUAAGGAAUCUGGCAUGUGUUUGUUCAGAGAAUGUAUUGGUGCUGCUAGGAACUUGAAUCUACGUAUGAAUAACUGUGAUGAUGAAAACGUGGCUACAUUUUACCGUACAAUGACAUGUUCACGUGGAUGCUGUUUCUCCCCAGGUCCCCCUUCAAUGGCAGUUAACUCACCACCUCACAUCAGACUGGGUACCAUAGAAGAAAGAGUAACCUGUUGUAAUCCCAUUUUUGAUGUAUUACCUCAUAAAGAAAAUGAACCUACACUGACAUAUACCACAAACUGUUGUUAUAUGAAGACAUGUAACUGGUGUACUGAUAUAGAAAUUCAGGUUUAUGACCCAGCUACAGACAAUUGUGUUGCUAAAAUUAUAAAGAAUUCUAAAUCUGAUAGUGCAGAAUUAUUUAACCUGAAAAAUGACUUCCUUGUUGAGUUUUUAACAGACUUGGAUAUUAUAAAGAAACUAAUGGUUUUAGGAGCCUGUUUACUAGUAGAUUUUAACAACUUUGAACAUGACAGGAGAUUUUGCUGUUGAUGAAUUAUUGUAUAUUAGUUGUCAUAAUGAUAACAAAACUGUAUCAGAUCUGUUUAAAGCAAAAUGAGAAAGCACUAAACAUUGUUAGUAUGAGAGCAGUAAGUUUUAGAUUUCAAGAGUAUUACAGGCAUAUCCCUAUAACUUCACUGUUUUUAAAAUGUAAAAAGUAAUUAUGUCUGUGUUUCCUGCUGCUGCUACUAAUUUUAAUACAUUAGUCACUACAAAGAAUUGAUGAACUGUUAUAAAAUAAUGAUGAACGAGCAUCAUCCAAACUUAUGACGGAGGUAUUUCUGUAUGUUACAUUUUAUUGCCAUCUGUUCAAGAAAAACUUCAAAAACAUUUGUUUUAGAGGUUUUUAUUAAGUACCAAAAUUUAUUAAUUUAAGUCUCUUUUCAUUGAUACUUCACUACAAGCUUCAACGUUUUACAAAACUUUGUAUUGAUAGGGUGGUAAUAUUAGUAGCACAACAGUUGUCAUCAAUGUCAUUAGAGGUAUAAGGGACAAAUAUGCAUGUCAAUGCUUUGUUUUAAUCUAUUGUGCAUACAUAGAAUGUAAAUUCUUAAUGAUUCUGGGAGCGUCUUCAUUCUGUAGUAAUUCUUCUCUAGAACAAUACAUUCUUUUGCAUAAUAAAUUAUACUAUAUUGUAACUAAACCUUUGAUAUCUCACAAUUGUUUUAUAAUUUAUACAAGUGGAAAAUGAAAAAGUCUGAUUUGAGAAACAUUUGUACUUAAGUUAUGUGAUUUGUAAUUAAACUGCUGUAUGACAAUU